AUGGUCGAGAUUGGAGAGACGGGCUUCAUCUUUGCUUUUGAACGCGUUGCCGGAGACGUGAAGGAGGAGGUGAUUGCGGCCAAAUCGAUCACAGCACUGGGCAUUUUGUCUCGUGCGAUGCUGCAGUUUCAACCUGGUGGGCUGACAGAGCGCAGCGCUAUUUUGACAGCGCUGGAAGCACCUAUGGAGGCAUCUACAGUGGGAGCAGCGAUCCAGCAGUUGAGACGUUGGAUGAGGUGGAAGAGGCGUGCGAUGGAAGUUGGAGUUUCAAUUCCAGACAGUUCAAUUUUGAUGAAGGGAUUGGGACGUUUGGUCAAGCGCAUCGUCAACAACCACCCAGACCUCAACUUUCGCUUGUCCUUGGUCAAGAGCUCAUUGCUGGUGGAGUCAGUUCCAACUUUGGAGACGGUGACGCAGUACAGCGAGCAUCUUCUUGCAGAAUUGGAGCAGAUGGGACAGCAAGCAAGGAAAAAAGAAGUCAUGGCAGAAAGCCAACCAAAGGUAAAGAAGCUUGAGGAGACGCCUGGAAGCAAGUUGGAAGAAAAGACAAGGCCGAAAGGGAAACCUCAAGAGGACUUUGAAGGGAGGAGGAAGGGUCGUGGUUGUCCUUUUGGGCAUCAACUUGAUGGAGAAAAGAGGUGCUGGACAUGCGGUGGAAAAGAUCACAUGGCCACGACAUGCCCUACUGCAGAGGAGUUCAAGCCGAAAGCGGCGAAGUUAGGUUCAAAGACCCCAGAGAAGGAUGUGAAGUCAUCGGCAACAUCGCCUGAGAAGUCCGAGGAGCAAUCUGAGUCCACGGACAAUGGAGGAGAAGAGAGCAUGAGGACGCUGCUUGAUGAGGCCAGCCGGAUGCUCAAGUCCAUGAAUGAGGGCGACAUCAAAGAAAAGAGGCAAAAGGGAGGAGAUGCAGAUCAAAAGAUUUUCGGUCUACAGAGGCAGCUGGACGAGCUCAAGAAGGCCUCAAUGCGACCUUUCCGCAUUUCCAAGUUGUGCCCCAUGGUCAACAAAGGUUUGUUGGACUCAGGGGCGACACACCCUUUGCGAGCCAAAAGAAAGGGAGAACGUCUUCACCAUCUACCAAAGGUCAAAGUGACGCUGGCAGGUGACAAGGAGAUCUACAUGGCACUCACUCCAACGGGAGUCAUUGUGGGCGAAGAAGGCGCGGAGCCCAUAGCGCCCAUGGGACUGCAGUCCUUGGAUGUGAGAUUUCAUGGAAGCCAGAAGGCCGUGAAAGUUGUGAAAAGUUUGAAAAUGGGGGAGGACUCAGAAGAGGCGUGGUUGAGAAGGUUGGUUGAUGAACAUCCAGCUCUUCGAGGAAUUCCUGAGGAGGUGAAGAAAGGUUUGGUGGAGAAACCUGCACCAGACAUCCUGCCGUUGGGCAACAGAAGAAGAAAGAAACUUUGGAGGACGAAGGGCAUGAUGAUCCAUGCCUUUUCGGGAAAGAAUGAAGGCUACACAUUGGGAAGGGCUUUCCAUGAAGUUGGAGGUGAUCGUCGAUUGAUGCAUGAGUUUGACAUCACCCAUGGAAAGCCUGAAGCAGAUCUGUCACCUGGAGGUGGAGCCUACCCGCUCUUGUUGAGGGCAGCUUUGGAUGGAUUGGUGUGGAUAGCCGGGCCACCAUGCAGGACCAGAUCGGUUCUUAGACAUCUUGAAGUUCCAGGGCAAGCCAUCCCGACACCUCUGAGAAGUUGGAAUGGAGGAGAGUUUGGCAUAGAAGGGCUGUCGAACUUUGAGAAAGAGCAGGUCACUUUGGAUGAUACGCUGCUGAUGCGGUUUUUGGUUCUCUACAUUGUGUCAGAGACGGUGCGCAGAGCAGCUGGGCUUGAGACACCAACCACUUUGAUCGUGGAGCAGCCUGCUUCACCUGAACACAAGCCUGAAGUGGUGUCACUUUGGACAACACCUCAAUGGAAGAGCUUGGCCGAGAUCUAUGAGCUGCAGGCCCAGCGUUUUGACCAGUCAGAGUUUGGGGCCAUAGCUACAAAGCCAACAACCAUAGGGGGAAAUCUGCCACUUCAAGUACCACUUCAAGGAAAGAAAGGGCAACCACGUGAUGUCUCUGGAAUGACCAAGGCAGAGAUCUGCGAAUCGUCCAAGAGAUUGUCACGGAACCAAGAUGGAGAGGAGGAGGUUGAGGAGAUACCUGAAGUUCCCCCAGAUGCGCCAGAGAUUGAGGAUCCGGAAGCAGAGGAGGAACUACAGCAGAUUGCAGAUCAGGUUGAAAUUUCAGAAGAAGGCCCAAAGGAGGACGCAUCAGAGGAGCUUGAAGAAAGAAAGCCGGUGAAGAUUGAGGUCACCAAGCUUUGGGAGCCUUUGGCAUCAAGGAGCCAAGAGGAUGUGUCAAGGGCGAUCAUCAACAUGUACAUGCGUCUGAGAGCAGACGGGUAUCGAGUGACACAGCUGCAUAGCGACAGAGGAGCUGAGUUCAGAUCGAGGAUUUUGGAAAAAUGGUGCCUGUCACGCACCAUCCUUCAGACGUUUACGCCUGGAGAUCAGCCCCAAAUGAAUGGACGUUGUGAGGCGAUUGUCCAGCACAUCAAGGCAGCCAUCAGGCGGACACUUCAUGGAGCUGAAGCACCUUUUGAUUGCUGGCCAAUUGCAGCUCGCUUCAUCAAUGAGAAGUUGCGACAGAAGCAGGUGGACAAGGAGAAAAAGACACCGCCUUUUUGGUCAGAAAGAGGUGGAACUCAGGCGCUGACGAAGAUGGUCAUGCAGGGCUUGAGUGAACCACCAAAGUUGGAGGAUUGGAUUGGAAUUGAAGAUGCCUUGAAUCCAAUCGAAGAAAGGAGAAGAAUCAGACACAAAUCGUCCAUAUACAUGUUGGAGGUUGAGGACGCCGCUGAAGCAGAUGAGCUUGAGAACCAAGAAGGAGAUGGUAGAUCGCCAAGUUUUGAGGAGGAGGAAAAGGAUGCAUGGGCCAAGAAACAAAGGGUCCAACGUCUGAUAGAGGCGGAGAUGGUUGAAGCCAUGGGAGAUGAUGAGAAAGUUGCUGGCAUGGUGCUGGAUUCCAUCACCAUGGUCAAAGAGCUGAUUGGACCUGAGAAAGGAGAAGAAGUUUUGCAGACACGCAUUGUGUCACAAGCUGAAGUUCGCCGUUCCAUUGAAGAUUGGAGGCCGUCCAUUGAAAGGGAGUUGACCUCCUUGUUUGAAACCAAAGGUGCGUUGCGAAAGAUCACAGAAGCUGAGGUGAAGAAGCUGCUUGACGAAGAUCGAGCAGAACUUAUCCCCAGCAAGUUGGUCUUCACAGUCAAACCAGAUCAGAUCAACAAGGGCGGCAAGAAAAAGACACGAUUGGACGGCAUUCUCAAUGCUCCUAUGGUCUUGUCUGUUUCGAAAGACGAAAAGGGAGAAAGGAUGGAGCCAAAGAGAGCUAUCAUUCGUCCUCCAGCCCUUCUCAUUUUGGCUGGGUUGGCACGGCCAGACGAAUUCUAUGAAGUCAUCAUGGCCCUCUACGGCUACAAGGAGUCGCCUAGGUUGUGGUCAGACUAUAGAGAUCAAGAACUUGCAACGAUGGAAUUUCCAUGUGAAGGAGGCAUCCUGACCCUGCAGCAGAUGGUGACGGAGCCAAACAUGUGGAGGAUGAUGCUGAAGGGCCGGGGUUCUGGUCAUGAAACCGUUGCGGAGGAGUUCGUGGGACUACUUUUGGUCUAUGUGGACGAUUUACUGGUCCUUGGACUUCCUUCAUCAAUCGCUGCAGUCAUCAAAGGAGUGCAGGCGAAAUGGGAGACAUCAGAACCAGAGGUCAUCAACAUGCAGAAGGAGGUUAGAUUUUUGGGUGCGGAGCUGUGGAGACGUGAAGAUGGAGUUUGGCUGAUGACGCAGACUAACUACAUCAAGGACUUGCUGAAGAGAAAUCUUGGAGGGGAUCCCAACAUGUGGCCUACAAGAAAAGUGCCAUUGGUGAAGGAACCGGAAGUCAUCGAAGGUGAGGAGAAGACUCCUGCAACAGUCCGAGAAGCUCAGCGAGUCAUUGGUGAAUUGGUUUGGAUCACAGCCCGGUCCAGACCUGAUUUGGCCUUCACCGUCUCCAAGCUAGCCUCCCUCAUCACAAAAUCACCCAUGCAGGUGGUGCAGCUGGUAAAGCCGGUGUGGUACUACUUAGCUGCGACUAUGAGCCAAGGUUUGAUUUUCCAGAACAAGAUGGGCGAGAAACAGCUCAAUGUGUACACGGAUGCGUCCUACAGUGAAGCCUCAUUUGGAUGCCAUCUGAUCCUUUGGGGCUCAUCGCUGCUGCUUUGGAAGGCCGAGAAUGGAGAACAGACUGAAACUCCAUCUGGAAUGACGCUGGAAGCGAAAGAGAGGGCUUUGAAGAUCAUCAAUUUGGUGACCAGGCUAUCGCUAGCGGGAGCAUCCACGGAAUCAGAAAAGGAGCUUCAAACAGCACUUGUCGUUCCAGAUCUCAAUCCAGUUUUGCAGCAGAGUGACAGUCAGUUUUAUUUCAUCCUGUUUGUGGCUGUGAUCCUUUUUGCCGGUUUCCUCAUUGGUGCAUGUGUCAUGGGCCGACUUGGUUGUCAGCGACGGCUGCUGGAAGCGCUGCUGGCGCUGCCUCCAAGGCUGCUGGAAGAGCUGCUGGCGCUGCCGCCAGCUUCGCUGCGGGCGCUAGCUCUACGGCUGCUGGAAGCGCUGCGGGCGCUGGCUCUACGGCUGUUGGAAGCACUGCAGGUGCUGGAUCUUCGGCUGCUGGAAGCGCUGCGGGCGCUGGAACUACAGCUGCUGGAAGCGCGGCUGUCGCUGGAAAUAGCUAUGGAGCUGCUGGCAUUCCAAGUGCCGCUGCCGCUGGCGCUGCAGGUGGUGAUGCAGCGGCGCGUGAACCGGCGAUUUCUUUGA